UUUUCUCAGGCAAUAAAACAUUCCAAUGUUUUUUAUGUUAGUAGUGCUGGUAUGAGUGACAUCGACUGUGAUGACGAUAGCAUUGAAAUUUGUUGCUGCAUCUGUAUUGGAAUCUUUGAUUUCCUCUGUGAUGAUGACGAUGAUGACGAUGAUUCUUGUUGCAUUAAGCAUUUGGAUUGUGAUUGGGACGAAACUGAAUGCAAAAACCCAUGUCGAUGUAAACGACGACAAAAUCCACAAAAUUCAAAUCAACACCAACAAAAUCUACUGCAUGCUGCAAAUGUACAACGAACACAACCAUCCCAAUCACUGGUAACACUGGAAAAUGUUGAUCCUGUCGAGGAUGUAGUGACACAACUGUCCCCAUCACUGGUACCACUGGAAAAUGUUGAUCCUGUCGAGGAUGUAGCGACACAACCAUCCCAAUCACUGGUAACACUGGAAAAUGUUGAUCCUGUCGAGGAUGAAGCGACACAAUUGUCCCCAUCACUGGCAUCACUGGAAAAUGUUGAUCCUGUCGAGGAUGUAGCGACACAAUUGUCCCCAUCACUGGCAUCACUGGAAAAUGUUGAUCCUGUCGAGGAUGUAGCGACACAAUUGUCCCCAUCACUGGCAUCACUGGAAAAUGUUGAUCCUGUCGAGGAUGUAGCGACACAAUUGUCCCCAUCACUGGCAUCACUGGAAAAUGUUGAUCUUGUCGAGGAUGUAGCGACACAAUUGUCCCCAUCACUGGCAUCACUGGAAAAUGUUGAUCCUGUCGAGGAUGUAGCGACACAAUUGUCCCCAUCACUGGUAUCACUGGAAAAUGUUGAUCCUGUCGAGGAUGUAGCGACACAAUUGUCCCCAUCACUGGUAUCACUGGAAAAUGUUGAUCCUGUCGAGGAUGUAGCGACACAAUUGUCCCCAUCACUGGUAUCACUGGAAAAUGUUGAUCCUGUCGAGGAUGUAGUGACACAACUGUCCCCAUCACUGGCAUCACUGGAAAAUGUUGAUCUUGUUGAAGAUGUAGUUACACAACCAUUCCCACCAUUUGUAAAAACAGAAAAUGUUGAUCCUGUCAAAGAUGUGUGCGGCUAUGGGCGAUAUUGAUUGUGGCGACUGUGAUUGUGGAGACUGUGAUUGUGGCGACUGUGAUUGUUUUGGCGACAGCAACUGUUGCGGCGACGACUGCUGUGAGUGUAACUGUGGAUUUUGUGGCUUCUGCCCAUGUGACUGUGACUGCUGUGGAGGAGACAAUGUUACCCACUCAGAUGGAGCUGGCCACCACCAUCACAAUGGCUGCAGCUCAAUAGUGUGCUUCUGUUUCUAUGAUGAUAGCACGGGUAAUUGCUGUGGUGAUAGCUCUACAGAUAGAUCCAGACGACGUAGAGAAGAUCCUCCACCAGGAUCAUACUUACAGCAAACUGAAAAUCCACAGAUACAGCAACCAUCGGCUCCAGUGGAUGAUGGUGAACCACCACCAUACCAUACAUUGUUUGAUCCUGACAAAGAUGUAGUGACCAUUCAGCCACAGAAUCUCAAUUCAACAGACCAUCCUAUCACUGAACAGCCAAAGGGCACAGCAUUGUAAUGCCAUACAAUGGUAAUAUGUAAACAACUAUUGUCCAAUCAACACUAACAAAGCUUGUGAACUGUUAGUAUAGACAUAGCCAAUGGAACAUUUUCCAUCUCUCCCGUUAAUUUUUGAGGUGACACCAUAUAUUAUUUAGAUAUCUAUAUUUUAGAUAUCAUAAGUAUUUACAAUGUCUGAAAUAACUAUCAUUUUGUUGCUUUUACACUAUGCCUAUGUCAGCAUGAUGUAAGAUUGUGAGAUGAUCACCUACAGCUAACAUAAACUGGGGAAGAUCUAUAGCAUAGCCUUUCAAUUUGUGUCUCAUUUCAAAAACUCAAUAUGUCCUGAACUUCAUCGCAUAAUACGCAUAAUAAUUCCAACAUAUAUUGUUUGAACCUCAUUGUGUAAGCAUUGACCAUCCCAAAUGUGUGUGUAAACAGUAGCCUCCCUUUGUUGAUUUCCAUAUACAAUAAACAUUUGGUCAAAUUCAUGUUUCAAACCUGUUGGUCACCAACGUAAAAACCUGAUUCAGCUCGGGACGAAACGAAGAACUUGAUUUCUUCUACACAUGUGUCUGAUUUGUAUUUCUUGCCCAAAAUUUUGCGACAAAGUAGUUUCUGAUCUUAUGGCCUCUACUACUACUAUAUUUACCUGGUGUAACAGUUGAAGAAUAGGUCGGACAUAUUUUCAGUUUUUCUACAAGGAUCUCUAAGUUUUAACACUCAGCACAGAGUAUGUAGGUACUACCACAUAGAUAUGUAGCGAACUAAUUUCCACUGAACUAUAUAACUAUAUAUGCAAUAAUUUUUAUCAAUUUUAUUGAUGAAAUAAUCAAAAGGAUUAACAAGGUCAAUACAGAGGACAUAUGAUACAUUACAUGUAGAAACAUGAUGGUCUAUUAACAAUAUAAUUAUACAUAAGUUUAGAAAAUAGAUAUUUAAUUCAGAUUUCUAUUAUAUAUUGAUGCAAUGAUAUUGAUACGUUUAAUAUAUAUUUAACUGCUUUAGAUGUUUAAAUAUGAAAUGCUUCAGGUCACAUCAAUAGAGCUAAUUUUGCUCAUGCUGUUGAUGGUGUCAUUGACAAUAUCAGCUCAUGCUGUUGAUGGUGUCAUUGACAAUAUCAGCUCAUGCUGUUGAUGGUGUCAUUGACAAUAUCAGCUCAUGGUGUUGAUGGUGUCAUUGACAAUAUCAGCUCAUGGUGUUGAUGGUGUCAUUGACAAUAUCAGCUCAUGCUGUUGAUGGUGUCAUUGACAAUAUCAGCUCAUGCUGUUGCUGGUGUCAUUGACAAUAUCAGCUCAUGGUGUUGAUGGUGUCAUUGACAAUAUCAGCUCAUGGUGUUGAUGGUGUCAUUGACAAUAUCAGCUCGUGCUGUUGUCAUUGACAAUAUCAUAGAUUAUUUUUAUAUACCACUGCUGUUCAUGUUUACAUCAAACACAUUAAAAACAAUAACAUUGAA